CUCCCUCUACAGAAAUCGUCUUGGAAGCAAUGAAGAAUGCAAGAAACUAAAGCGCGGAACCAAGUGGUUGGUAGGUUUUCGCUCUUCCCAAUUCUUCAUGCUAUGGACGAUGGCUUGGCGGUGUAAGAUAUAAGUAAAGAGGAAGGGCUUUAACACGACCGGAUAUAUUUUGGACAAGUCCGUUAGAACCGGUAUGUGGCAAUGUGGAGUGAGAGGAGCAACUCACAGGAAAGAAUUAUCUGCUAUCGAUAUGAAGCUUUGGUCUAGAAACAUCCAAGCUCGAGAGCAUUUGAUUCCCCAACUUCGCAAUACUUCAAUGCUAGAACGGUACUUACGUCAAAAACUACGCAUUAAUUAGAAUAAUAAAUCAAUUGCAGACAUUUUCCUACCCUCGAACACACGCACACAAAGAGCAGCUAUUAAUAGUACACGUUUGUUAAGUAGUAAAAAUAGGCCAGCCCGUCAAAUGCUAUAAUAUUCAGUUACCACAUCGUCUGGUCAUUUAUAGUGGCCGCGACGCAAUAGAAGAAGCCAACCGACUCGUCUAAUUUUAUCAGUCCAACAAUGCCCGUACACCGUAGCGAAAGCGAUCCUGCUCCUCUAGUGCCUUCAAAAGAAACCCAUUCUGCAGGUGGUCCCUUUGGUGACUCCCCAAAAGUGCAUCACGUAAUCCAAUUAACGUGUUCGACCAGCCCGCGCUCGUCAUAUACCUCAGAAGAACUCACCGGCAAAAGUUUCAUUUUCAUUCCUACCAGAAGCCCGGGAGAGCUUUUUUUUUCUAGGACUUGCCAGGUUGGUCGGGAAGCCUGCUAAUGCAAUACUGACGUUGAUUGACACGGCCCACUUCGGCCCUUUGGACCGACGAACACGCAGUACGGAACGAUACGCUGAUUGAAAUCGAAACCAAGCACCAUGCGCCAGGUCAGGGACAUGGAAAAAAUGAACAGUUUCGGGACAAACAAAUUAAAGGCAAGGUUUCGUGAUUUGGAGUUCAAUUGUCGGGGUCGGGAGUCUAUCGGGAAUAUCCCGCAGUGGUGGUGUUGCGCUUAUUGUAAUUAAGCGCACGAUUUCAUGCUUCGUACGAAAUUUUUUGAUCGACAUCGGUAACCUUUUCCCGACAAAGUAUCACGCGAUUGUUUGAAUAAUUGUUCUACCUAUACGUGGCGGAGAUGUGCGAAAGGAUAUUUGAAAGCGAACUGAUUUAUCAUGGCCCCUGAAUGUAGGCAAAAAGGCUCACAAAUCAUCCGUGUUAAAGUGUGCUAAACGUGAUCCGAAACAGGGUGGUAAUUAAAUCACGUACUUACUUUGUACGAACAGGCUAGGUGAGUGUGUCAGAUUGCCCUUGUGUGGCCGUGAGAGGCGGAUUUUUAUGACACAUAACCCUUUGAAAACAAUAGUGUCAGAAGGACAGAAUUCCUAAAUUCCAGAAGCUCUUAAGAAUGUAAGUGUCACCCAAUAUCUUCAGGACGCCUUAACUAUUGUGACGGUAUGAAGUGAGAUCUAUGUUUUUAGGAAAAAAAACUAUUCAACACUCCACCUUCCCUCUAACGACACACACAACAACAUGAGGAAAGUGAAAUCGAUACUGCAUGUGGCAGGAACUGGUGCUAUUUAUGCAGCAAACAUUACUCUACCCACCGCAUACGUAUAUACCCGGGUAUUCUGCUUCUCGUCUUUCAUACCGAUGGAUCGAUGAAAUCUUUUCCGCCGGCGACUGGAUGGCGCGAUGAAUACAGAGUGCCUCCUCGUGGUUAUUGGAUAUUUGCAGACAAGGAUAAGAUAGAAUAUGAAAAUUUGACACCAUCAUGAGGGUUCCCCGAUGUGCAACGAUGGUAUGUAUCCGUUGACAAAGGCAUUGACAUAUAGUACGUCCUCAAACAUCACAUCAUAUUGGCUUGAAUAUUCCGAAGUGUUUGGCAAACUUUUGCAUAUAUUCUUCUCACACUCAAAAAACUACCGUCUCAUCUACUCUUCCACGAUCAGCUGUUCCGGCUGAAAGAAUGAUCAAUCUGUUAACCUCUGAGACAUUGGCGAUAAGAUAACGCAUACCACGCUGGACGCACCGAUAACAUUCCAGUAGUACUUCCACAACCUCCAGUAGUAACAAUCAGUCGGACGAGGAAACGACGUGCAAGUCAUCACAGCACUCUUGGUAGUGCCUGCUGUACUUACGGUAGGCCUGUUUUGUAGCGAAUUGAAUAAAUUACGCUUACAUAAAAUACACACCUUACCCUCUGGGUAAGCAAUCAUAUGCAGUUUCGCAUCUAACAAUCAGUACUACUGAUAAAGCAUAUCGAGAAGCUGCCCGUUUGUUUUACACGCUAUAAAGUGUACCUUUUAAACACCCAGGCGAUUUAGUUUCGUUUCUACUGUUCGUCUGUGAAGUCUGUGCGUCAUAUUCAUCAAGAUGGCGUCAAGGCAGAGUGUAGUAAAACUAGUGACCUUGUGUUUGCUUGUAACCCUGUGCACGCAAGCUACCUGCUAUAAGAUAUUGGGUAUCAACACUAGCCCUAGCCGAUCGCAUGUGAUCGUACAGGAUGCACUAAUGAAGGAGCUGGCACGUCGAGGACAUCAUGUCACAAUGGUGAGCCCGUAUAAGGAGUCGGAACAGGUACCAAACUAUCGGAAGAUUACGGUACCGAUGGAUCCGUGGGCAACAGAUUUCACCAAAACCAUCUUCGGAACCACGAACUCACGCUGGGCAAUGCUCCAGCUUUUACCUGAGAUGCUACGAUUUAGCGUCGUGCCAGUCAAUAAAACGCUACGUUCGCCAGAGUUCCAGAGCCUGAUGAAAGAACCUGAAAGAUACGAUCUAGUCAUAACUGGUAUCAUGAGUGAUGCUGUGUUUGGUGUUAGCCAUAUAUUAAACUGUCCCACCAUAAUCGUUUGCCCGAAUGCACCCAUGGCGGUUGUGAACUCGUUGGUUGGCAAUCCAACACCGAUCUCCACCAUCCCGAACAUGAUGCUGGGUCUAACAAACCCGAUGACAUUUAUGGAACGGUUGGCGAAUCUUGCCGGGUUUCUGUUUGACGAAGCUUUUGCUACGAUGUGGAAGUAUUAUCAGCGGAAAAGUUACGAAGAGCUAUUCCCACCGGGUCAAUACCCUUCAUACGAUGCGGUACGACAGAAUGUUUCGCUCGUAUUCUUGAAUCAUCAUUUCACCAAAGGUUCUCCCCGGCCGUAUGUGCCAGCGAUGGUGGAGGUUGGUGGUUUACAGAUUAAAGACAAGCCUUCUCCACUACCCGAAGAAAUUCGCCUGUGGAUCGAAGGAGCAGAGAACGGAGUCAUUUUGUUUAGUCUUGGAACGAAUCUACUCAGCUCCUCCAUACCGACAGAAAUGUUGAGCGCUAUUCUGGAAACGUUUCGUAACAUUAAGCAACGGAUUAUCUGGAAAUGGGACACACAGGAUAUGCCAAACAAACCAGCUAACGUGAUGUUAACAGAUUGGCUACCUCAGGACGAUAUUCUUGCGCAUCCAAACGUUCAACUGUUCAUCACACAUGGUGGGUUGGGUGGUAUUGCUGAAGCAUUGUUCCACGGUGUUCCACUGGUUGGCAUUCCAAUGUUUGGUGAUCAACCAGUAAACCUGGCGCAGGUGGAAAAGGAAGGCUGGGCCUACGUGUUACAGUAUACCGAACUGACACAGGAAUCAUUUUCGAAAGCAGUCAAUGAGGUACUGCAUGAUCCACGAUACCGGGAGAAUGUACAACGGUUGUCACUGUUGUUCCGGGAUCGUCCACAAAGUGCCAUGGAUACCGCCGUUUUCUGGACAGAGUAUGUCAUACGACAUAAAGGAGCUCACCACCUGAGAUAUCCCGGUGCGGACAUGAACUUCUUGCAGCGUCAUUCGUUAGAUGUGUUAGGAUUCUUGGCAUUACUGACGGUAGCGAUCUUCAAGUUGAUCUCAUUCAGUUGCCGAUUGUGCUGUAGAAGAAGGGUGAUAAAACUGAAAAAGCAAUAGUCUCUAAAUGAUGUUUCAUUGUUUAAAAAGCCUAAAUAAGCAUUUUGCCAUAAAAUACAUCGAGAAGGAAUGGAUAAAAAUUCGUAAAACGAUAACAACGUGCCUGUUUCACAUUCAAAAUGUCUUUCAAAAUGCAACAAACGGAUAUGCUUAGCAUUUAGAUUUAUUAGCACAUGCAUAGCGCGCCAUCAAUCGUGAAAUGAAAACUUAAUUUUAUUCUAUGACAAA